AUGGCUGACAUAGAAGAACGGCCCUCUAAGAUUCGAAAACUCAGUGCUCCGGAAAACUCCCAAGAUGCUGUAAUGCAUGUAGAAAUUUCGGGAAAAGAACACCACGAAGAAACUGCUGCCAAUGCCCAGGAUAAGACAGCAAAGUCCGAAAAUGGAGACAACAAUGAGCCAGAAUCUACUACCGAAAAGCAAACGGGGGAAGAGCCUACAUUGUCUAAAAGCCAGCGCAAAAAGCUACUAAAAAAGCAAGCUUGGGAUGCGGGCAAAGAUUACCGUAAAGCCAAGCGGCGAGAAAAACACAAGGAGAAGCAAGCCCGCAAAGCAGAAGCACGAGCGGAACUAGAUGCCAAAAUUGCCAAUGGAGAGAUCGAGGUGCUAGCUCCGGUGGAAAACACGGGGAAGAAAGGCCCAAGCAGACCUAUUCCAGUCCCGCUCACGCUGAUCUUGGACUGCGAUUUCGACGAACUUAUGCUGGAGAAGGAGAUUAUUUCCCUGGCAGCACAGAUGACGAGAUGCCAUUCGGACAAUAAAAGAUCACCAUAUCGGUCUCAUUUAGUUAUUAGCUCCUGGAAUAAAAGGCUGAAAGAGCGGUUUGAGACUGUUCUGGCGAAUACGCAUCUUGCGUGGAAGGGGGUUAGGUUUUUGGAGCAAGACUUUGAAGAGGCGGCUAAGGAAAUGGAUGGGGUGAUGAGAGGCCAGGAUGGAGGGGAGAUAGUGGGAGCUUUGUCACUCAAGGGUGAUGAAGCUCUAAAAGGGCCCCAAAAUCUCUCUCAGAACGGGGAAUUAUUGCCAGCUUCAACACCAUCUAAAGAUCCACAGAGACCGCUAGAAAUUACAACCCCUCCUUCAGAAGACACUACGGCACCACCAACACCCGAAGCAUCCCUUGUCUAUCUAAGUUCGGACUCCCCCCACACCCUAGACCGGCUCUCACCCAACACCAGCUAUAUAAUUGGUGGUAUUGUCGACAAGAACCGGCAUAAAGGACUCUGCUACAAACGAGCCUGCGAACGGGGUAUACCCACAGCAAAAUUGCCAAUUGGCGAGUUUAUGACCAUGCAGAGCCGGACCGUGCUGACCGUCAACCAUGUUGUGGAGAUAAUGUUAAAGUGGUUAGAGACGGGCGAUUGGGGCGAGGCUUUCUUAAGUGUGAUUCCGAAGAGGAAGGAGGCGAAGCUGAGGGCUAAGAAGCGUGAGGGUGAGAGCAAAGAGGCUGGUGAUGAGGGUGAGAAUAAGGAGGAUGAGGGUGAUGAGGAAAGUGGAGAUGAAAAGGAUGGCGAUGAAAUGGUGUCGGAGGAGAGGCCGGUCUUGAUAGAUGCUGAAUGA